GCCAGCUUUCUACGGAUGCUAGUCUGAACUCUAACAUAUUGGACAGAAACAUAUCUAUCUACUUCAUAUCCGUUUCCCUCAUAUUAGACAUGGAGUUGAACGGUUAUCACUGUGAUGAGGGAGGAACGGCAGAGUCCGAAGACGAAGAUACGGUGCGACCAAGUCAGACUCGUCCAUGGAAAAACACAGCGAAAAGCCCCAUUGCUACCGCGGAAAUAGAUUCCGCCGUCGCCGUCGGAGGCGCCAUCAGCGAGCAGCGCACGUCUAACUCGACCUCGCCGAGGCAAAGGAUUGACUCGCUGAAGAAAAACAGGCCGCCAUUCCCCUGGUUUGGUAUGGACAUUGGUGGCACGUUGGUGAAGCUGGUGUAUUUCGAGCCAAAAGACAUCACGGCGGAGGAAGAGCAGGAGGAGGUGGAGAGUCUGAAGAGCAUCCGCCGCUACCUCACUUCGCACACGGCCUAUGGCAAGACGGGCAUUAGAGACGUGCAUCUGGAGCUUCCCGAGCUGACGCUGUGUGGCCGCACCGGCAGCCUGCACUUCAUCCGCUUCCCCACACAUGAGUUGCCCAUCUUCCUGCAGAUGGGCAGGGACAAGCAUUUCUCCAGCCUACACACCACACUCUGUGCCACUGGUGGUGGUGCCUACAAAUACGAGGAAGAUUUUCGAACGAUGGCGGACCUACAGUUGCUAAAGCUGGAUGAGUUGGACUGCCUGAUCAAGGGGGUUCUCUACAUCGACUCAGUUGUGUCCAGGGGCCCCUCCGAGUGCUACUACUACGAAAACCCUACGGACCCAGAACACUGUGAGCAGAGACCAUACAACCUGGAGAACCCUUACCCUCUUCUGCUGGUCAACAUUGGUUCAGGGGUCAGCAUCCUUGCUGUCUACUCCAAAGACAACUACAAACGCGUCACUGGAACCAGCCUUGGUGGUGGUACAUUCCUGGGGCUGUGCUGCUUGCUUACUGGCUGCUCUACGUUUGAGGAAGCUCUGGAAAUGGCUUCUCGAGGGGAGAGCACACGCGUGGACAAACUGGUCAGAGAUAUCUAUGGGGGUGACUACGAGAGGUUUGGUUUGCCAGGAUGGGCUGUCGCCUCCAGUUUUGGGAACAUGAUGUGCAAAGAGAAGAGGGAGUCAAUCUCUAAGGAGGAUCUGGCCAGAGCUACACUCGUCACCAUCACAAACAACAUUGGUUCCAUCACACGCAUGUGCGCAGCUAAUGAGAAAAUCGAGAGGGUUGUGUUUGUGGGCAACUUCUUGCGGGUCAACACAUUAUCCAUGAAACUGUUGGCUUAUGCCUUGGACUACUGGAGUAAAGGCCAACUCAAAGCCUUAUUUCUGAGACACGAGGGCUAUUUUGGAGCGGUUGGAGCACUCUUGGAACUAUUUAAUCCGUCCUCGUAGACGUCCGUCAGCGUCAGGUCACCUGCAUGGUUCUCACCAGUAUUCCCAAAUUCCCACAGCAAUCCACCACAGUUGCCUUGAGAUACAACCACACUGUGUUGUAUAGACAUAGGCCAUAAAAAUCAUAGCAUUUAGGAGUCUUCCACCAAACACUGUUUGCCAGCGUUCAUAAUUCAUUAUUAUCAUCCUCAGUCACACUCAUCUGUAGCCUUCGGUGGCUGUCGGCCAGUGCCCAUUAGCUUUGUAUCUGUCGCUUAUCAUAACUGUCUUUCCCCUAGAAGUGCAAAUAGCAGCCGCUUUUAGAACUGCUAAUUCCAGUCCUAGAAGUGAUGAACCAGAAGUCAGCAGCUAAUAGUGUUUGUCGCAGCUAUUAACUGCACACUACUUGUAACUAUAGAAGAACUAUAGCUUUGUCCGCUAAUAACAGAAGAAGCGCUUUAUCCUCACUUUGUUAGCUAGUUCGAAACAGCUCUCCCGUGAAGGAAUGCAUCACGUCGUUGGGUCGAUGGAGACAUUGAGAAUAGUUGUACACACUGUGGCAAACAUACAUUGUGCUUUUGUCAUUGUACAGUAGCACGUGUGAGCAUGCUCUGAGUCAUACAAAGGGUUAGAGACAUGGGCAGGGAUCUCUGCUGAUGCUACAGGCCCCACAAUAAGUCAUUUCAAUUGAUCUGUAGCCCUCUGAGCCAGGACCUGGAACUGAAGUUUAUUGGAAAGCACAUUUGGUCAUGUAGGUGACCUACAUAACUGGAUGAAGAGACAGACCCAUUCAGCACAUUUGAUGAUGGGGUUUGUAGUUUUUUUCCCCUGUAGAGCUAGUGGUUGUAAACAGAGAAGGCUACCUAUCCUCUUCUUUCAGUGUAAGGAUGUCUUCCUUAGUAGCCAAAAGUACACCCUCUGAUGUCUGAUUUUCCAAAGAGCAAGUCCAUUGACCAUUUAUACACACACACACACACACACACACUCACACAAACAGUAUUUUUAUUAAGUUUUAUUAAGUGAAACACCCACGCACUGACCACAUCUGUUUUAUUUCUAUUAUUACCUUCCUCAGACAUUUUAUCUGUUAUUCGUGUUUUG